AAUGUAUCACUCCGCAGGGUCAGUGAGACUUUUUUCAUAACAUGUAUUACGCGGUCUGACACAAAAUGCGACAAUUUACAUGUUUUUUUAUUUAUACAUAUGUAUAAGCUUAUUUUUUAAUGCAUGGUUUAUUCCUGAUCGACCAUUAUUGGUUUUAACACGUCUUACUUCAUGUUUAAUUGGACCUAUUUCCGCGACAAACGUUGACAGGCAGUGCUUAGGUCUAUCCUAAACAUGGCUACCAUGAUGGAGUAAAGCUUCAACUUUAAAUUUCACAUUUUUAGAAGAAAACUUAUACAUUUUCACAGGAAUGUUUCAACUGAAGAAAUUAUAUCAGUCAUCUUAUCCAUAUGAAAUCAUUGGAGAAAGUUUCUUGUUGGAUUUAAUAAUGGUUUAAGUUGUCUGGAAGCUGGAAACGAAAAAAAAAAUAAUUGCAUCAAUUCCGUAAGCGUUUUAAUUUCUCUCGAUAGUUUUAAAGCUUUUACAAACCUUUUGUGGGAUUUUUCAAGUUGUGGAUCUAUCUUAAUUGCAAUCAUUUUGCUGUGAAGAACUGAAGAAACGAUUGGGAAAUAUUUUAUAAUUUGUAUGCGUUUUAUGGCAGAAAGUAAAUAUUGGUGGUCGAAGGGAGAGUAGUAAUGUUCACUGAUUGACGUACUUUUAAGAAGCCAAUAAACUGAAGAAUACAUAAAGGGAUAUAACAGUUUGUAUGAUUUUUGAGGCGCCGAAAGUGCACUGGUCACUUCCCCCAUAUUUUUGAAUUGGUGGAUGAACGAGUCAGCGACACCCCUUAUCCCACUUAUACUAAACGAAAGUAUGACAUUUCUCAUAUGGCUUUAAAGGUCAUGAAGGAAAUACAUCUGAACUUCUAGGUUCUAAAAGAAUGUCAUCAGAGGACAAGAGUCUGGAUCCCUCUGACCACGGACCUUCUACUCCCCUGAGCAUUACUGGGGGGUGCACCCCCUCCCCUGCCCCCACAGACCGGCGCCCCCGCGGCCGGCCUCGUAAGGAUGCAGGCUCUGGAUUACCCACACCCAGAAAGAAGGGACGUAGCAGAGGCCGAGCCCAGGUUGAGGAUGAGGACAGCAUGGACGGGACGGAGACCGCCGAAGCAGAGAACAUGCAGGAUAUGGAAGUUAAGGAGCUGGUUCUGGAUGUCGAGGAGGAGAUCAUGGUGCCAAGCCCCAGGGACGACAGACCCCUCUCCCCACUCUUCCAGCGCUCCGUGUCGGAGGACUCUGCAGGAUCCUCCGCCUCGACCCUGGAGCACGCCAAAGUCCGUGAAAAGCUGUGUGCCUUCUGCUACUGUGGCGAGAGGAGUUUCCUGGGCCAGGGCGACCUGAUGGUGUUUGGCCCCACGCCGGGCUAUGUGCCGCUGCACAUCCGCAACCGACGAGGCAGCUCGGAGAAGGACGAUGACUAUCACGAAGAUGACUUCCAAGAUGACCACCACGACACCAAGAGCCCAGGGCAGCGCGACGGUGGGAGGGGCCUUAAAAAGGUCAGCUCUCCGGACAGUGGUCUCCACUCCUCCUCGGCACCCGGCAGCACGGACCCCUUCAAUGAGGAACUGGCCCCUAAGUUCUGGGACGAGCUGGGUCAGAUCGGCCUCCCCGACGACAUCAAUGUCCAGUCCCUGUUUGACCCCACAGGCCAGUGCUGUGCCCAUCUGCACUGUGCCGCCUGGUCCGAGGGGGUGUGCCGCGGCGAGGCCCAGGAUUCACUGCUCUACGUGGACAAAGCCAUAGACUCAGGGAGCACAGAGUGCUGUGCAUACUGUAAGCGCCUUGGAGCAUCUAUCAAGUGCUGUGAGGAUGGCUGCUGCCGCUCCUACCAUUUCCCCUGCGCUGCCGCCGCUGGAACUUUCCAGGACCUGCGCCGACACACUCUCCUAUGCCCAGACCACCUCCAGCUGGCCUCACAAAGAUUUAAAGAGGAGGUGAAGUGCUUGUUGUGUGGCAGUGCUGGGGACCUGCAGGACCUGCUCUUCUGCAGCUUGUGUGGGCAGCACUACCACGGGGCGUGUCUGGACGUGAGUGUCACCCCCCUGAAGAGGGCCGGGUGGCAGUGCCCCGAGUGCAAAGUCUGUCUGACCUGCAGGAACCCGGGGGAGGACAGCAAGAUGCUGGUCUGUGACAUGUGCGAUAAAGGCUAUCACACCUUUUGUCUCCAGCCUACCAUGAAAUCCAUCCCCACCAACGGCUGGCGGUGCAAGAACUGUCGGGUGUGUUCUUUGUGUGGGGUCAGGCAGGCGGGCCAGUGGGCCCACAAUAUCACACUAUGUGAGGGUUGCCACGGGCAACCAGAGGAGCCCGCCACCGCCCUGCCAUGCCCACUGUGUGUGAGGGACCAGGGCCGCGGGGACGCCCCUAAGGACCUCCUCCUCACCUGCCACACAUGCAAGAGGUGGCUUCAUGGUGAGUGUGAGAUGCAGGCAGGGGGCAACUUGGACCUCCACCCACAGGCCGACUACAUCUGCACCGUCUGUAAGCAGGUGGAGAGCGACAUGGUGGAAACCCCGGCCAGCCCCAUCCAGGAAUCCACAGAACCAGAACCAGAACCCACUAUGGAUGUCUUUAUGGCUGUGGUGGAGGAGGAGGUGUCCCUGGAGGAGGAGGCGCGUCCAAGCCCUCAGCUGGAGGAGGAGGCGCGUCCAAGCCCUCGGCUGGAGGAGGAGGAGGCGCGUCCAAGCCCUCGGCUGGAGGAGGAGGAGGCGCGUCCAAGCCCUCGGCUGGAGGAGGAGGAGGCGCGUCCAAGCCCUCGGCUGGAGGAGGAGGAGGCGCGUCCAAGCCCUCGGCUGGAGGAGGAGGAGGCGCGUCAAAGCCCUCGGCUGGAGGAGGAGGCGCCGCGUCCAGGCCCUCGGCUGGAGGAGGAGGAGGCGCCGCGUCCAGGCCCUCGGCUGGAGGAGGAGGAGGCGCCGCGUCCAGGCCCUCGGCUGGAGGAGGAGGAGGCGCCGCGUCCAGGCCCUCGGCUGGAGGAGGAGGAGGCGCCGCGUCCAGGCCCUCGGCUGGAGGAGGAGGAGGCGCCGCGUCCAGGCCCUCGGCUGGAGGAGGAGGCGGCGCCGCGUCCAGGCCCUCGGCUGGAGGAGGAGGCGCCGCCGCGUCCAGGCCCUCGGCUGGAGGAGGAGGAGGCGCCGCCGCGUCCAGGCCCUCGGCUGGAGGAGGAGGAGGAGGCGCCGCCGCGUCCAGGCCCUCGGCUGGAGGAGGAGGAGGAGGCGCCGCCGCGUCCAGGCCCUCGGCUGGAGGAGGAGGAGGAGGCGCCGCCGCGUCCAGGCCCUCGGCUGGAGGAGGAGGAGGAGGCGCCGCCGCGUCCAGGCCCUCGGCUGGAGGAGGAGGAGGAGGCGCCGCCGCGUCCAGGCCCUCGGCUGGAGGAGGAGGAGGCGCCGCCGCGUCCAGGCCCUCGGCUGGAGGAGGAGGAGGAGGCGCCGCCGCGUCCAGGCCCUCGGCUGGAGGAGGAGGAGGAGGCGCCGCCGCGUCCAGGCCCUCGGCUGGAGGAGGAGGAGGAGGCGGCGCCGCCGCGUCCAGGCCCUCGGCUGGAGGAGGAGGAGGCGGCGCCGCCGCGUCCAGGCCCUCGGCUGGAGGAGGAGGAGGCGCCCCCGCGUCCAGGCCCUCGGCUGGAGGAGGAGGAGGAGGCGCCGCCGCGUCCAGGCCCUCGGCUGGAGGAGGAGGAGGAGGCGCCGCCGCGUCCAGGCCCUCGGCUGGAGGAGGAGGAGGAGGCGCCGCGUCCAGGCCCUCGGCUGGAGGAGGAGGAGGCGCCCCCGCGUCCAGGCCCUCGGCUGGAGGAGGAGGAGGAGGAGGAGGCGCCGCCGCGUCCAGGCCCUCGGCUGGAGGAGGAGGAGGAGGAGGCGCCGCCGCGUCCAGGCCCUCGGCUGGAGGAGGAGGAGGAGGCGCCGCCGCGUCCAGGCCCUCGGCUGGAGGAGGAGGAGGAGGCGCCGCCGCGUCCAGGCCCUCGGCUGGAGGAGGAGGAGGAGGAGGAGGCGCCGCGUCCAGGCAAUCGGCAGGAGGAGGAGGCGCGUCCAGGCAAUCGGCAGGAGGAGGAGGCGCGUCCAGGCAAUCGGCAGGAGGAGGAGGCGCGUCCAGGCAAUCGGCUGGAGGAGGAGGCGCGUCCAGGCCCUCUAAAGGAGCCUAAAGUGUCUCCAUCAGGUGUUGAACUGGCGCAGGAGAUUCAGGUGACCGUUACCCUGGCGGAGGGCCGGGAGUCUCCCCAGAGGUCUGGAACUCUAGCGGACGUGUCACCGCUCGCCUCCCAGAGUCCCGCCUCACCGGUGGACGAUUUCCAACAGGAACUGGAAAUAACAGACUCUUUACAAACGGAAAAAGGUGCGGCGCCCGAGGAGGCUUUGUUGCCCUGCGAUGUAGAGGGGGAGGAGACCAAAUCGGAGGACUCAAAAACGACUUUAGCCACGCCCACCAAAGAAAUAUCUCAUGAGCUUUUGGAGGAGACUACUGAAGAGGCUCCUGUGGAGGAGGAGGAGCCUAUGGAAGUAGCACCUGUAGAAACGAAGCCUUUAGAAUUGGCUGCAAUGGAGACUACUGUUGAGCAGAAUGUUAUGGAACCCAUGCAGGAUGCAGUUGUAGAAAAGGAGGUUGAGGAGAAGUUGCAGGGGUUGGAGGAUGAGGAGUUGCCUCCAAUUGUUUUGGACGAGGGGGAAGUGUUGCUUCCAAAUAUAUUGCCCAUUGCAGAGGACACAAUCAGAGAAAAUGAGCUUAGUCCCAUGGCUGAACUUCCUGAAAUGGAGAGCCCCGUAGACAUGGAUACUACAGAAGAAAUGGAUAUCAUGCCCGCCAGCAACCACAACCUCUCGGACUUCAGCUCACCGAGGGGAGAGGACAAAGCCCCAAAGGCUUCCCCUGAAAUGUCCCCUGAGCUCUCGCUCAUGCCAAUCCGGCCCCUCUUCCCUACAGAGUCCUUUCCCAGGGAGUCCAGCCCUCCUUGGGUUCAGGUCCAAAUCCAGGCCCAGGCUGCUCCACCACAGACACAACCUCAUUCUGGAUAUAGUGCUUGUGUGCCUCCCACCACCACAACCUUUUUCCCCCUAACUCCCAAGAUUGGCAUGGGGAAGCCUGCCAUCUCCAAGAGGAAGUUCUCCCCUGGGAGACCAAGGGUGAAGCAGGGAGCAUGGAGUAACCAUAGGGCAGCAAGCUCUUGGUCCCAGCAGGACCCCUCAGAGGGGGGGUGGGAUGGCCCAAAAAACAGGCAGCUGCAGGAGGUGCCCGUCUGGAGCAUGAGAGUGGGUCGUGGUUCGGGCUUCCCUGGAAGGCGGAGGCCCCGCGGGGCCAACCUAUCUGGGCGCGGGGGCCGCGGACGCUCUCGAGGACUCAAAGCCGACACCACCCUCGCCAUGACCCCUGGGGCCAGCUUUGUGGAGCAGCCGUACAUGGUGAAAGAAGAGGAGGAGAAUGCCAUGCACAACACUGUGGUCAUGUUCUCAACCUCAGACCACUUCACUCUCAGACAGGACAUGUGUGUGGUGUGUGGGAGUUUUGGCCAGGGGUCAGAGGGCAGGCUGCUGGCCUGCUCCCAGUGUGGCCAGUGUUACCACCCCUUCUGUGUCAACAUCAAGAUCACCCGGGUGGUACUGAGUAAAGGCUGGCGCUGUCUGGAGUGCACAGUGUGCGAGGCGUGCGGCCAGGCCAGCGACCCAGGCCGCCUGCUGCUGUGUGACAACUGUGACAUCAGCUACCACACAUACUGCCUGGACCCACCCCUGCAGACGGUGCCCAAGGGCAGCUGGAAGUGCAAGUGGUGUGUCUCCUGUACCCAGUGCGGUGCCACCUCCCCCGGCAUGAGGUGUGACUGGCAGAACAACUACACCCAGUGCGGGCCCUGUGCCAGCCUGGCAUCAUGCCCAAUGUGCAUGCGCAGCUACCGUGAGGACGAGCUCAUCGUGCAGUGCCGCCAGUGUGACAGGUGGAUCCAUGCCUGCUGCCAGGGCCUGGUCACAGAUGAGGAGGUGGAGAAUGCAGCGGAUGAUGGCUUUGACUGCACCAUGUGUCGAACGCACGCUCUGCCUUCACAGGGCAAAGUGGAGGCCCUCCUAUCUGACGGCUGCGAGGCCCCGAUGGUGGCCCAGAUUGUGUCUAAAACGAGAGAGCCAGAAAUCCAGAAGACAUACACCCAGGAUGGGGUGUGUCUGACCGAGUCUGGCCUGUGCCAGCUGGAGAGCCUGGCAGUGCCCUCCUCAACCCGCCGAGGGCAGAACAGGCGGCCCAAACCCAAGCUCAAGCUGAAGAUCAUCAACCAGAACAGCGUGGCUGUGCUCCAGACCCCUCCGUACACCCACUACUCAGAGUUGUCCCAGGACGGGGACGGGUACAUGGAUGACCGCGGAGAAGGGGAUCUCCUGAUGGACUGUGACUUGAAGUCAGACUCCAGUCCGGAACGGGAGCCUGUCGACGACAAUGCGAAGGGGGCCGACGGCAACAAGAAAAGGAAGAGGAAACCUUACCGGCCCGGUAUUGGAGGGUUUAUGGUCCGCCAGAGAAGCAGGACGGGACAAGAGAAAGCCAAGCGAUCCCUAUCCAGGAAAUACUCAACAGGAUCGUUACCUGAGAACCCAAUGUGCAAAGAGGAAGGGUGGAACAAGACGGAGAGUACUCAAGCGGAGGAGACCCCACCGGUGUCUGAAUGUCUGGAGAAGGUCAAGAAAAGAUACCGCAAAAAGAGAACCAAACUGGAAGAGGAGUUCCCUUCGUACCUGCAGGAGGCUUUCUUUGGAAAGGAGCUGCUGGACAAGAGCAAGCAGAGCAGGCAGGCGGGCCUGGUGACCACAGGGCUCUGUGAGGAGAUCUCAGGGGCCCAUGCAGAGACCAAACCCCGCAGCGUCAACGCCAGCUUUCUGGACCCCUCCUCAGACCCGCUGCUCAGCGCUACCUCGACUACCAUACCCAUCUCCAGAAAAGGAGGAGGACUGUCCAAUUCCGAGGAUCCCUUAGUGGACCUUCCGGAAGUCCUGAGCACGGAUGCAGAUCUCCUGGGAAUGCUGUCGGAUGAUCUGGUGAAGCAGGGGAACGACUCAGCUGGUCUGGACAUGGCCCCCAUCUCUGAUGAUCCCAUUGGGUCCUGUCAGGGCUCUGCAGGCCGGGGGCCCAGGGCUCUACAGGAGGAGCCUCUGGAUGUCAUCCUGAGCCCAGAACUGGACAAGAUGGUCGCAGAUGGUGCAAUUCUCAGUAAACUCUACAAAAUCCCAGAGCUGGAGGGGAAGGAUGUGGAAGACCUCUUCACAGCGGUCCUUAGUCCCAGCACCAGCCACCCUCCACAGCUGUCUCACCCUGGGGCCAGUGGACCUGGAGCCAUGGCCCUUCCAAACCCAGGCGACGGUGGGAUGUUCCCCCGGAUGCCAAUGAUAAACGGCAUGAUGCCCGGCGGCACAGGCCCCUAUGGCCCCGGCAACUUCUCGCCCAUCCACAGAAUGCCUUUCCAAGAGAAUAUGAGGGACAAGAAGUAUAGCCAGAUGGGGGGUGACGUAGUGGUUUCAUGGAGCGCGCCCGUCCCCGGACCCCUUUCAGAGGGAGAGACAGACACCAUGUCCAACGCACAGAGGAGCACGCUCAAGUGGGAGAAGGAGGAAACUCUGGGCGAGAUGGCCACUGUGGCCCCAGUCCUUUACACCAACGUCAACUUUCCCAACCUCCUAGGGGAGUUCCCAGACUGGGCUAUGAGAGUGAAACAAAUCGCAAAAUUAUGGAGGAAAGCCAGUUCCCAGGACAGGGCCCCAUAUGUGCAAAAGGCACGUGAUAACCGGGCAGCGCUGCGCAUUAACAAAGUUCAGAUGUCCAACGAUACACUGAAGAGACACCAGAAUCCUCACCAGCAGCCGUUGACUGACCCCUUUGACCCCAAUAGUGUCCCAAUGGACGCUGAGUUGCUCUUCAAAGAUACUCUCAAGCCCAAGGAGUCUGAGCACGAGCAGGAGUGGAAGUUCAGACAGCAAAUGAGACAAAAGAGCAAGCAGCAGGCGAAGAUCGAAGCUACUCAAAAGCUGGAGCAGGUUAAAAAUGAGCAGCAACAACUCCAGCAGCAGCAACAACAACAGCUGUUUAGCAGUCAGUCAUGUGGAGAUACAACACCUAAUAGUGGGAACCAGAGCCCCAUGACACCUCAGCCCAGCAAUGGUGGAAAGUCUGGAAACUCAUCCCCUCUGCAGCCAAUAGUGUCUAAGGAUGGCUUCGCAAGACCCCAACUUCCAGUCACCUCCGGGUCACAGGAUGACGUGUUCCUCAGACCACAGCUCCUACCUCCGUCGUCGAGGACACCCACCCAGGAGACCUCGUACCCGCAGCAGGGACCAUCCUCCGAGCCCCAGUCACCACAGAUGUACUCCCCAAGUUCCUCCUCAGGCUCCCGGCCAUCCUCACCUUGGGACCCCUAUGCCAAAAUUGUGGGCACCCCGAGACCACCCCCUGGGGAUGGCGGAUCCACCACGCCCCAGCAGAACUCUCUGUCAGAAAUGCAGGAAAGGGGAGGGAGGCCUUCACCGGCACACAAGUCCUUUGGCUCGCCCACGUCUGGUAAUGCUGACCCUUAUGCUAAGAUGCCAGAUACCCCCAGGCCACCCGACUCGUUUGUGAAACCCAUGGGACCCGCCAGGGUGGGCCCUUCAGGACUCGUUGAGCAGCAGCAAAAGCAGCAGGUCGGGAACAUGAUGAGCUCUCCCUCUGGAGGAGAGGCUUUUGCCAGGAUAGGGGGCCACCGAGCUGAGGUCUACCAGCGCAUGUCUCACAACCGCAUGAUCCUCUCGGACCCCUACUCCAGGCCCUUGCUCACUCCCAUCCCCGGCAGCAAUGAGUCGGGCUCUGUGCCGGUGUUCAAAGCCCCCAUGCCUCCCCAGCAGUCCCAUCAAGAGCCCUACGGUGGCCCUAUGCCUGGGGUACUUAGACGAGGGCCAUCUAAUGGCUUUCCCCAAGGACCACAGGCUGACCCCUAUGCCCAGCAGCCCCUCACCAUCCAUUCGCCCAUGGGGGAAGGGUUCCCCAACGAGCCCAGGAUGAUGCGCCAAUCCCAGGAGGGCCAUUUCUCUCAACCCAUGCCAAUGAUGAGACACCCUCACAGAAACUCAUACGCCCAAGCACCAUCCACACCGAGACCAGAUUAUUCCCAGCAGAUGCCUGACCCUUACGCCCAACCGCCAGGCACCCCCAGACCUCACUCUGAUGGCCAUGCCCAACCUCCCGGCACCCCAAGGCCACACUCAGAUCCUUCAUACCUGCAGAAGCCACCUAGCCUUCAUCUAGACCAGUUUCCCCAGCAGCACCCAGCCAAACGCAGACAGUCUCCAUCUCACUCCACUGAUCCUUAUGCCUCCAUGCCAGGUACCCCCAGACCAGCCCAAGGGGAUAGAUUUCCCAAAUCCCCUGCUAGUCAAAGGAACAUGGACCCCUAUGCCCAACAACCUGGUACCCAUCGGCCCUCCAAUGCCAUUCUAUACGCACAGCCCCCUGGAACCCCAAGACCACUCCUCACCGGCCCUUACUCCCAAGCUUCAGGGACGCCACGACCAGGAGCUGGUCCUGACGCAUUCAAUCGACUAGGCUCCAGACCGAUACCCAUGUCCCAACUCCCAGCUGACCCCUUCUCCCACCAGUCUCCGGGCAGGAUGCAGGACACGUUUGCCCAUCCAAGUGCCCCAGGCUUUCAGAUAUUGAAGCACCCGGGAAUGUCAGACGAAAGUUUCUCUCUGCCACAGUCGAAUCAUCACGGUGGUCAAACGCCGAUUCACGACCCCUUUGAACAGGGUCCAAUGAAACCUUGUGCUCAAGCUUCAGAAAGGCCAGCCCAUGAUAUCCCCCAGUUGAGCAGCAACACUGUUGCUGCUCAGAACAGCAUGCAGCCACACCUGGGAGACACUGAGGAGAAGCUCAGACAGCGCCAGAGACUGCGACAGCUAAUCCUGAGGCAGCAGCAACAGAAGACGGCCAUCCGACAAGAGAAGGGACUACUACAGGAAGCUGGUGGAGCUACUGGUGCGGUGACCCGUCACUGGUCACAAGAAGAACCCACCCCUCAGAGCCACAUGUUUGGCAGACCACCACCCCCUUACCCAGGACCCAUGAGGGGCAGCCCCCAAGUUCUCGGGGGUCAAAGGUUCCCUGGUACCUUCCUAGGGGACCAGCGAGGACUCUUCCCCAACGAGGGACAGUUUGCCAUACCCGACUCCCCCAGGGACAUGGACAACAUGGGCUUGAGGCCCCAAGGAAUGAGGUUUGGAUUUCCCUCCGGCCAGGAGCAACAUUUCCUCAGACCCCCUCAGCAGAUGCCCGGCGGGCCCAUGAUCGAUAACAUUCCUCCCCAGAUGAGAAGGUCCCUCUCGGUGGACUUUUCCAGGAGGGGCAACCCCCUGAUGGGACUCCCCCAGGACUUCCCUCCACGGGGCCUUACCGUCCAGCAGCACAAUAUCAUGGGUCAGACGUUCAUCGAGCUCCGCCACAGGGCCCCUGAGAACCGGAUCAAGAACCCCUUUGGGCAUGGACCUCCCGGCGUCAUGGACCCCUCCAACCAAACCCAGAGACCACCCCAGUGCUUCAUGGGAGGCCAGGAGAUUGGCUUCGCCAGGAACCAGGGACCAAGAACGAUGGCUCUCAUGAUGGGCAGACCUUCCCAGGGAUCGGUUGGCCAAAUGCAGAUGUUGGCUAGUAUGGAGAACCUGCACCAGCAGCAGGCUGAAGUGCAGGUGACCACUGAACAACAACAGCAUCCUCCACUGAAUAGGUCCCUCAGCCACCCUGUCACUAGUGAGUUACUCAAUGCAGAGCCAUCUGGUGUGCUCUUGCCUGGGUCUAGCACCGGUCAAACGGAAGAGACUCAGAUACCCAGUGGAGACGGAAUCGACGAAAACCUGGACGCUGACGACUCUGCAGUGAAGGACCUCGAAGACGUGGAGGUCAAAGACCUGGUCGACCUGAACCUGAACCUCGAUCCGGAUGAUGGCAAAGACCUGGACCUGGGACCCAAUGACCUGCACCUCGACGACUUCCUCAUGUCUGGGAAGUUUGACCUCAUCGCCUACACGGAUCCUGAGCUCAACCUGGAAGACAAGAAAGACAUGUUCAGUGAAGAUCUCGACCUGGGUGACCCCAUGGAGGAACACCAACAGGGAGAGACCUCGGACCUCCAGAAAGCCCUGUCGGAGAAGAGGAACGCCAGCGGAGACUGCGCAGCCACUUCGUCCCAGUCCUUAGGGAAAUCCGUCAAAUCAGACGGCCAAAUCAGACGGGAGGCCAACAAAUCGAAAGAGACCUUGGACAUAGUCAAAAUAGAGGAAACAAUCAAAACGGAGGUCAAAGAUGGACACAUGCAAAACCAGGACCAGCCACUCUGCAGUGGCCGGAUGAAUGACAACAGAACCAUGACUAACCAAGAGGGCGCAGGGCUGUAUGAGCAGCCUGGACAUACAGUCUCGGCUCCGGUCCUCUCCAACCUUCUGGUCAAAGAGAAACUGGAAAACACUGGGUUAGUCCCAACCGGCUCUCCUCAUCAAGGGAACAUAGCUGCCCAGCCGAACCAGGCCACUGGGCUACACCCAAACACAGGCAUGCAACAUGCCCAAGACAACAACAGGCUCAAUCCCAGCGUGGCUAUGGGACAUCGGGUGAACCCUGCGUUGGUUCAGAGCAGGCUUUCAAUGGGAAACCCAAACCACAUCCUAGGGGGGAGCCACAGUUUCGGGGCCUCAGUAAACCAGCAGGUGGAGCUAAACCUAGCCAUGGUAGGAGCCAGUCAGCAGCCCACUGCCCAUGGCCUGAACCCCCAGGGCCAGCAAGGCUCCUCGCUGGGGCAGGCCGGCCCACAAAACAGGCCUCUGCUGCUGGACGAGCAGCCCCUCCUACUGCAGGACCUGCUGGACCAGGAGAGGCAAGAGCAGCAGCAGCAGAGGCAGAUGCAGGCAAUGAUCCGACAGCGCUCCAGCGACUCCUUCUUCCCCAACAUAGAUUUUGAUGCCGUCACAGACCCGAUCAUGAAGGCUAAGAUGGUAGCCCUGAAGGGAAUCAAUAAAGUCAUGGCUCAGAACAGCAUUGGAAUGCCCUCUAUAGUCAUUAACAGCAAUGAUCCUAUCAGAAUUCAGCAUAUGCUAGGAGCCCAUGGACCAGAUGCUGCUGACACUCUGCCUCCACAUGUGUUUGGACAGGACGGGAAGUUGGCUCCACAGAUGGCGAGACCGAACCCCCCAAAUUUUGGACCUGGAUUUGUCAACGAUGGCAAGAGGAAGCAGUACGAGGAGUGGCUCAAGGAGACCCAACAGCUCCUGCAGAUGCAGCAGAAGUUUCUGGAAGACCAGAUUGGGGCCCACAGGAAAUCCAAGAAGGCCCUGUCAGCCAAACAGCGGACGGCCAAGAAGGCUGGCCGUGAGUUCCCUAAGGAGGACGUCGAGCAGCUGAAGCAUGUGACAGAGCAGCAGAAUGUGGUGCAGAAACAGUUGGAGCAGAUUCGGAAACAGCAGAAAGACCAUGCAGAGCUGAUAGAGGAGUACCGUGUCAAGCAGCAACAGCUAAGUCUACAGGCUCCUAUGAUGCCAGGGAUGCCAGCUCAUGCUGCCCCUAUAAUGCCCAGGGGGCCCCCUUUGGGCCAGCCCAUGAUGGAGCCCAUGAUGACAAUGCAGACCCACCCCAGCCAGCCUAACCUUGCCCGUAUGCCCAAUGUGCCAGGCUGGCACCCUGGGGGAACCCCAGGACCGAUGGGAGGCCCGGGUCCAAGAAUUCCAGCUCAGAUGCCCCCCGCCAGCCCUGCCCAGUUGCACCAGCCCCAGUUACCACCCCAGACCCAACUUCCGCCUCAGCCUCAAUCAGCCUCAAUGGUGCCCGGAGUAAAAGCCACACCUGCAGGCAAAGGAGCAGGAACCCAGGGAGCCAGCGGAGGUAACGGUGGUGGUGGUGGCAGCAAUAGCCUUGCUGUGAAAUUUGAUGAUAACAAUCCAUUCAGCGAGGGCUUCCAGGAGCGCGAGAGGCGGGACCGCAUGAGGGAGCAGCAGGAGAGACAGCGGGUUCAGCUGAUGCAGGAGGUAGACAGGCACCGGGCCAUGCAGCAGCGGCUGGAGAUGGAGCAGCAAGGCCUGGGUAUGGGUCCCGCUGGGCUCCCACACGACCCCGGAGCUACUAACCCAAGUGGGGAUAGCCUGGCCCACAUGCCAUUCUACAAUACUGAUCUGCCCCAAGACUUCAUGCAGCCCUCUAGACCUCAACAACAAGCACCACCACAGCAGGGGCAGCUAGGGCCCAUGUACCCCCAGCAGAGCAACGGUGCCUUCAUGCUGGGGGACGAGCGCAGGCCUAUGCCCAAGACUGGGGCUUUUGGUGGUCCCGAGAUGGGUCCCAAUUUCUGUCCUAAAAACCCCAUGCUGCAGGGGCUCAACUUCCCCUCGGGACUGCCCCGUCCCGCCAGAUUCAGAGGCCCUGGGAUGAUGCCCCAGGGUGGGAGUCGAGGCGAGGGACAGGGACUUCCGUUCGGAAUGGACUCAUCCACCCCCCUGCCUCCAAACUACCCCGGCUCAGGCCAGUCCUUGAUCCAGCUCUACUCCAACAUCAUCCCAGAGGAGAAGGUCAAGAAGAAGAGGAACAGGAAGAAGAAGAGAGACUCGGUCGACGACACAGACUCUGUCAAGACCCCGUCCACUCCCCACUCAGACCGCUGCUCCCCACUGACGCCCUCCCGCGGGUCUGACACCUCAUCCACCCGGAGCCUCAGCAUUCCCUGCGAGCAGGAUCUGUCCGAUCUUUUCCUCCCAGUGGGGUCCUCUGGUUUGGCCCCCUCCACAGAACUGGAGAGGCAGCUCUCAGGCAGCAGCUUAGCCCAGGGUGGCUGCUCCAGCAUGGGCUCUGAGAAUGACCGGGCUCCCCUGUUUGACGAAACCCUCCAAAUCAAGUUGGAGAGCAUAGAGACUGAGUGCAGAAGGGACGAGGCGGCCAACGAGGGGUCGGCCUUGCAGCACGUUCCCCGAGCUGGCGGGACAGUAAAGGUGGAGGAGGGAAGCGAGGGGGGGUUUUCUUCGCCACUCCACGGUGCCAAAGGUGGCGACACAGGGAACGAGCUGCUUAAGCACCUGUUGAAGAACAAGAGCACGCCCCCACCCGGCGCCAAUGCCAACCAGACCCUUCCCACACAGCAGAUAUCCUGUGACAAACUGAGCUCAGAGCAGGAGGACUCAUCAGACCGCAAAGCCACUGCCAGGCCGGCCUUCACCGCCAACAACAUGACUCCCCGGCGCAGUCAGCUGACAGAAAGCACCGAGCUACUAGAACCCUCGGUGCCGGAGCAGGGCAAGAGGAAGCAGCAACGCAACAAACUGAUGCAUAAAAACGGCGUGGAGAAACCACCAUCGCGCUACAAGAGGAGGAAGAAGGAGGAAGAGGAGAAGCCGAUUGGUUAUUCCAGUACUGACACUCUGAUGACCCAGCUCAAACAGCAGCUUUCCCUGCUGCCCUUGAUAGAGCCCCUGAUGGUGGUCAACUUUGCUCACUUUCUCCCCUUCGGCAGCGGGCAGCUGAACGGGGAGAAGAGCCUGUCAGGAUCCUUUGGCAGCGCUUCGCUGGGCGGCGUGUCAGACUACUACUCCCAGCUCAUCUACAAGCAGAACAACUUGAGCAACCCGCCCACCCCUCCAGCGUCACUCCCUUCCACGCCGCCCCCUGUGGCGAGGCAGAAGAUGGUCAACGGGUUCGCCACGGCCGAGGAUCUUACCAGGAAAGCUGCCAUCUUGGGUGGCCAUGAUGGCCUGAAAGCCAAGCAGCUACCUACAGCGUUCCGAACAGAAAAAGACCUGCUGGCCCAUGCCAACACCCAGGGGCCCAAGACGGUGGAUGUCCCCGCUUCGCUCCCCACACCACCCCAUAACAACCAGGAGGAACUCAGGAGCCAGGACCACUGUGCGGACAGGGACACCCCUGAUAGCUUCGUCCCCUCCUCGUCCCCCGAGAGUGUGGUCGGCGUGGAGAUCAGCCGCUACCCCGACUUGUCAAAUGUCAAGGAGGAGCCCCCCUCCCCUUGCUCCUCCCCUGUAAUUCCCAUGCUGCCUAGCGCCAGCGGGAAAGGGACUGAGAUUAAGCGAGAGGUCAAGACUGAACCCUCAAGCUCCUUUUUCGGGUCCCAGUUCAGACCGGCUCCCUCCUGCUCCAAAGCUGGCCUGGUAUCCAUAGCUAUCACCUUGAAUCCGGUCGCAGCGGAGAACAUCCCUGGCAUGGUGGCUGCGGUAGCCGACCUGCUGUGUGUGAACAUCCCCGUUAGCUACGAGGUGAGCCGCGGCCCUGAGCGUAGCUCCCUGGCCCUGCUGGCUGGAGUCAAGGUGCCUCAGACCCAGGGUGUGGACCCCCACCACGCGGCCAUGUUCUCCCAGCAGCCCCCCGCUAUGAGGUUCCUGAGACCCCCCGGACCGCCCACUCAUCCCGGAAUUAGCCAGCAGCCACCUACCAGCGCUGGUCCGUCUGCCAGGGGAGACGGACCUAAACCCCAGUGGUGCUGGAACUGCAAGGUGCUGGUUCUGGGAAACGGAGUCCGAAAGUCCACCAAAGACCUACCCUGCAGCAAACAGGAGAGACCGAACCAUGCGGGGAGCAGCAUGGUCUUCUGUAGCCAUAACUGUUUCGUCCUCCACGCCACUGCCACACAAUCUAAAGCCAUGGACAGUAAGCCAAACAUGUCUCCUCUCUUGCCUGAGUCGUCGGUCAAAGAGAGCCCGUCUAAGGUGCUCCACCAGUAUAGUAACAACAUGUCCACACUGGACGUCCACUGCCUGGCCCAGCUGCAGCCCAAACAGUCGCCCCCCUCCAGUCCCCAUCCCAUCUCCUUCCCCUCUGAGAAACCCAAGCCGGACACUCUCAAGGUGACGGUCAAGUUCAAGCAAAGGCCCAGGGCGGUCCACUCAGCCAGCGGGGGAGGUGAUAUGUCGCCGUACCACCACAAGCGCUGGAAGGGCCUGCGUUGGCGCAAGUGGAGCGUACACAUUGUGGUUCCCACUAGGAGAACCCUGCUUUCCUCUCUGCCCGGUGAGGACGAGAUGGACAAGCUGCUGAGGAAGCUGGGCGCCUCUCUGCGUCCUGAUCCCCUUCCCCGCGACCUUCGACGUUGCUGCUUCUGCCACGAGGAGGGCGACGGUGUGACGGACGGGCCCGCCCGGCUCCUCAACCUGGACCUAGACUUGUGGGUGCACCUUAACUGCGCACUGUGGUCAUCGGAGGUAUAUGAGACGCAGGCAGGCGCCCUUAUCAACGUGGAGCUGGCGUUACGGCGGGGCAUGGCGGUGCGCUGUGCCUACUGCCAGCAGACGGGCGCCACCAGCCGCUGCCACCGGUUGCGCUGUGCCAAUGCCUACCACUUCACAUGCGCUCUCAAGGCCCAGUGCACCUUCUUCAAGGACAAGACCAUGCUGUGCCACCUGCACCGGCCCCGGGGCAUCGGCAGCGACAGGGCCGUGGCACCCGCCACUAACCACGAGCUGCGCUGCUUCGCAGUGUUCCGCCGUGUCUACGUGCAGCGUGAUGAGGCGCGGCAGAUGGCCAGCAUCAUGCAGCGUGGCGAGCACCGGCACACGUUCCGUGUGGGCAGCCUGGUGUUCCACACUGUGGGUCAGCUGCUUCCCCAGCAGAUGGCCGCCUUCCACUCGGCCAAUGCCAUCUUCCCCGUGGGCUACCAGGCCAGCCGCAUCUACUGGAGCACUCGUCACGGCAACCGCCGCUGCCGCUACCUGUGCUUGGUGGAGGAGAACGAGGGCCGGCCGGAGUUUGUGGUGCGGGUGAUGGAACAGGGCUACGAUGACCUGGUGCUCACCGGCGCCUCACCCAAAGCUGUCUGGGACAAGAUUCUGGAGCCUGUGGCUGAGCGGCGUAACGAGUCUGGAACUCUGAAACUGUUCCCUGUCUACCUGAAGGGAGAGGACCUGUUUGGAUUCACUGUCACUGCCGUCACCAGGAUCGUGGAAUCGCUCCCUGGAGUGGAGGCCUGUGAAAGUUACACUUUCCGUUUUGGACGGAACCCUCUGAUGGAUCUCCCCUUGGCCAUCAACCCAACUGGCAGUGCCCGCUCGGAACCCAAGACCUGCACGCAUGUCAAGAGGUUGGUGUUAAGAUCUCACACUUUGUCCAGCACCGGCGGCUCCUCUAAGUCCAUGCAGAUGGUUGGCAGUGUGGGUGUGGUGGAAGCACCAGAAGAGGUGACCCCCAAGCAGUUUGCAUCCGUCCCCUUCCAGUACCGACGCAUGAAGGCAGAGUGGAAGAGCAAUGUGUACCUGGCGCGCUCCCGCAUUCAGGGGUUGGGUCUGUACGCCGCCAGGGACAUUGAGUCCCACACCAUGGUGAUUGAGUACAUCGGCACCCUCAUUCGCAACGAGGUCGCCAACCGGAUGGAGAAGAUGUAUGAAUCCCAGAACCGUGGAGUCUACAUGUUCCGCCUGGACAGUGAGCAUGUCGUCGACGCCACCAUAACAGGCGGACCAGCAAGAUAUAUCAACCACUCCUGUGCCCCGAACUGCAUCACUGAGGCUGUGAGCUUGGAGAGAGGUGUUAAGAUCGUCAUCAGCUCCUGCCGUAAUAUCCAGAGAGGAGAGGAGCUGUGUUACGACUACAAAUUUGACCUGGAGGACGACCAGCAUAAGAUCCCUUGCCACUGUGGUGCAGUUAACUGUCGGAAAUGGAUGAACUAGAACAGAGUUGCGGCAAAAGACGGGCAACGACACUUUAAAAUUACACACACGUGCAUUCCUUAUAGGCUUGUUGGUUGAUACGCUAUUACUUUUUUUUUAUAUAAUCGGGGGGGAAAGACUGACCACAGAACUGUUAGAGGAAUCAAAAGGCAGAAAGACUAUUUUUACAAAGGCAGUGAGCCGAGUCUUUCACUCAGCAAAAAAGAGUAGAGAUGGAUUUUUGUUAAUAUUAUAAAGUGUGAGAGGGAAAUGGGUUAGCGGAUUGGGGCUGGGGUAGAAUUCACCAGUUGACCAGGAGAGUUUUGUGCUGGCCACCGCCUUAUUUAGUUAGAGAGGCAGGUCCUCCGGAUUAAGAAAUAUAUACAUAUAGUUACAGAAAUGUAGACGCCACUGAACAAGGAAUGUACAGAGAGGACUUCCUUAGGGACAAAGCUAAGGGAUUAUUAACUUGCACUAAAAACAAAAAAUAGGUAAAUACUUGAUUCCAUGAGUCAGUUUGUUUUUGAUUUAUGUAAAAUAAGAGAUUUUUUUCGUAUUUAUUAUCAAAUGAAGUUAUUUUUUUAAAUGAGGAGAAAGAGUCACCGGCAAUCUGCAGCCCAGUCUAAUCAGAACGUGUUACUAUAUACAAUGUGUAAAUAUCUGUAAAAAAAAGGAAAGACGCAAUUAAGUAAAUAGUCAGCCAAAUGCUACCUAAGCUUCACGGCUGUUUGGAUGAUUUAGGGUUUUUCUCAACAAAAAAAGUAUUUAAGAAGGAUAUCAUUGUGUAAAAGUAUUUUUGUUUUAUUUAGAAUGUAGUUGCGUUGUCUAAAAUUAUGACCACUUGAAGAAUGUUUUCAGUUUCUUUAAUUUUACAACAAUUUAUUUGCAUUGACAUGCGCAAUCUUAAGAAUUGCACAGAGCACCAAUCAGAGACGGUUACAUCCUAACCCUUAGAUUUGAACGUAUAAUUAGAUAACUGAAUUUAGGUUGGAAACCACCCACACCAUCAGUUGGCUUCUUUAACUGUAUCAUACGCACAGUAGUCUGAUUUACCUCAUGCAGUUAAUUAACGUCUUUCACUUACCAUAUGCAGGAGACUCCAUUAUGCUUUUGACAAAAUUUGUUGUUUACAUUUCUUUUGAAGAAGAAACGUGCUGGCUAGUUGAGAAAAAAAAUUGUAUGAUUUACUUCUUGACUCAAUCACAAAAGUCAAUCUGGUACUAGCAUUUUUCUGACCAGUAUGAAAUGAAGUUAUUUGUGUGCACAAAAGUCGGUAUAAACAGUACAUGGCAUGUAUGUUUUCAAAUUGUACAUAAUUUUCCCUCGUACAAUAUUCAGACCUCUUAACAGUAUGUGUCUUUUCUUUGUCCUGUAUAGUAUCUAAUGUAAGAAAAAAAAAUGGAAGGCUUUUUAGAGUAUACAGAGUGUGAUGGGUUGUGGAAUCAGAUCAUUUACAAAAAAUAAAAUAUUUUACAUCUGAAA